CGAGGAUCGUCCGCCGGGAACGCGGUGUCCCCUAACCCCUUCGCAGGCCGCCGAGGCAGGAGGACCGCGCGCGGCGAGAUGGCGGCAGCCGGGCGGGCUCGGGGCUGGGCACCGCGGUCAGUGCUGCCACUGCUGCCGCUGCUGCUGCUGCUGCUGCCGCCGCCCCCCGCCGGGUGCGCGACCGCUCGGGACCCCGCGGCCCCGGCGCGGCUCAGCCUGCAUCCGCCCUACUUCAACCUGGCCGAGGCGGCGAGGAUUUGGGCCACCGCCACCUGCGGGGAGCAGGAGCCCGGCAGCACGCGGCCCCGGCCCGAGCUCUACUGCAAGUUGGUGGGGGGGCCCACCGUCCAGAGCAGCGGCCAUACCAUCCAGGGCCAGUUCUGUGACUAUUGCAAUUCCGAGGACCCCAGGAAAGCACACCCCAUCACCAACGCAAUUGAUGGAUCCGAACUUUGGUGGCAAAGCCCUCCUCUCUCCUCAGGCACGCGAUACAACAAAGUCAACGUCACCUUGGAUCUGGGGCAGCUUUUCCAGGUGGCCUAUAUUUUAAUUAAAUUUGCAAAUUCUCCUCGCCCUGAUCUUUGGGUCUUGGAAAGAUCCGUCGACUUCGGAAGCACCUACUCACCUUGGCAAUAUUUUGCUCAUUCUAAAGUAGACUGUUUGGAACAGUUUGGACAGGAAGCAAAUAGGGCGAUCACGCGAGACGAUGAUGUACUUUGCACUACUUAUUAUUCCCGGAUCGUGCCCUUGGAGAAUGGUGAGGUUGUGGUGUCCUUGAUAAAUGGUCGUCCAGGCGCAAAAAAUUUUACUUUCUCUCACACCCUGAGGGAGUUCACCAAGGCAACAAACAUCCGCCUGCGUUUUCUCCGAACCAACACUCUUCUUGGACACCUCAUCUCCAAAGCACAGAGAGAUCCAACCGUCACUCGGCGGUAUUAUUAUAGCAUAAAGGAUAUCAGCAUUGGUGGGCGGUGUGUUUGCAAUGGCCAUGCUGAAGUGUGCAGUGCAAACAAUCCUGAAAAACUGUUUCAGUGUGAAUGCCAGCACCACACCUGUGGGGAGACAUGUGAUCGCUGUUGUGCAGGGUACAAUCAGAGGCACUGGCGGCCUGCCACGCGGGAGCAGCGCAAUGAGUGUGAAGCAUGCAACUGCCAUGGCCACGCCAUCGACUGCUACUAUGAUCCAGAAGUUGAGAGGCAGCGGGCAAGCUUGAAUAGCCAAGGCAUCUACGCAGGUGGAGGGGUCUGCAUUGACUGUCAGCAUAACACAGCUGGUGUAAACUGUGAAAAGUGUGCUAAGGGCUAUUACCGCCCUUACGGCGUUCCGGUCCGUGCCCCCGACGGCUGCAUCCCCUGCAGCUGUCACCCCGACCACGCGGAGGACUGUCAGCAGGGCUCGGGCCGCUGCACCUGCAAGCCCAACUUCCGCGGAGACCACUGUGAGGAGUGUGCGGCCGGCUACCACCAUUUCCCGGUUUGCUCCAGAAUUCCCAUUUUCCCUAUUUCUACACCAAGUUCAGAAGAUCCAGUAGCUGGAGAUAUAAAAGGCUGUGACUGUAACCCGGCAGGAGUGCUCCCCGAGAUAUGUGAUGCCCACGGGCGGUGUCUGUGCCGCCCCGGGGUGGGGGGCCCUCGGUGCGAUGCCUGCCGCUGGGGUUUCUACUCCUUCCCUGUUUGCCAAGGUUCCAGCAGUGUCUGUGACCCAGCCGGAACCCUGGACUCCAGUUUGGGGCAUUGCCGAUGCAAGCUUCAUGUUGAAAGUCCUACUUGUAGCAUCUGCAAACCAUUAUAUUGGAAUCUGGCCAAAGAAAACCCCAGUGGAUGUUCAGAAUGCCAGUGCCAUGUGGCGGGAACCGUGAGCGGAAUUGGAGAGUGCGGGCAGUUAGAUGGUGACUGUCACUGUAAGUCCCACGUCGGUGGUGAUUCCUGUGACACAUGUGAAGAUGGAUAUUUUGCUUUGGAAAAGAGCAGUUACUUUGGGUGUCAAGGGUGUCAGUGUGACAUUGGUGGAGCCGUCACCCCUGUGUGCAGCGGACCCUCUGGAGUCUGCCGGUGCCGAGAGCACAUCAUAGGGAAGACCUGCCAGCGACCUGAAAACAACUACUAUUUCCCGGAUUUGCAUCAUAUGAGGUAUGAGAUUGAAGAUGGCACUACACCCAACGGAAGAGCGCUUCGGUUUGGAUUUGAUCCCCUGGAGUUUCCUGAGUUCAGCUGGAGAGGGUAUGCUCAGAUGACCUCGGUACAGGUCAAAAGAGGAUCUCGGUUGCUGAGGGAGUGCGUUUUCACUGAACCUUUAAUUAAUGAAGUAAGGAUCGUGUUGAAUGUGGGGAAGUCAAGUCUCUCCUUGUUUUGGGUUGUUCUGAGAUAUAUUAACCCUGGAGCUGAAGCAGUAUCUGGCCGUGUAACUAUUUAUCCAUCCUGGGCUAAGGCAGAUGCUGCUCAAAGCAAAGAGACCAUCUUCCAGCCGAAUAAGGAGCCGGCCUUUGUCACCGUACCCGGAAAUGGUUUUGCAGAUCCAUUUUCAAUUGUACCAGGAACAUGGAUCGCUUGUAUUAAGGCGGAAGGAGUCCUCCUGGACUACCUGGUGCUGCUCCCCAGGGACUACUAUGAGGCUCCCUCACUGCAGCUGCCGGUCACAGAGCCAUGCGCCAACGUAGGCCCUCCCCGAGAGAAUUGCUUGCUUUACCAGCACUUGCCAGUGACCCGAUUCCCCUGUGCCCUGGCUUCUGAGGCCAGACACUUCCUGCUUGACGGGGAGCCAAGACCCUUGGCAGUGAGGCAGCCCACCCCUGAACACCCAGUCAUGGCGGACCUCAGUGGGAGAGAGGUGGAGCUGCGCCUGCAGCUACGGGUCCCGGGGGUCGGCCACUACGUGGUCGUGGUCGAGUAUGCCACGGAAGCAGACCAGCUGUCUGAGGCCGACGUGCACGUGCAGGGCCCCGGGACUGACCAGGCAGGCCGGGUGAACAUCUACAGCUGCAAAUACAGCGUCCUCUGCCGGAGCGCUGUGACCGACAGCAGGAGUCGCCUUGCUGUGUACGAGCUGUUAGAAGAUGCAGACGUUUGGCUCAAAGCACGGAUGGCUCCAUUCCUUCUGCAUCAAAUUUGUAUCGUACCCACUGAAGAAUUCUCAGUGGAAUAUUUGAGACCUCACGUCAAAUGCAUUGCCAGUUAUGGGAGACUUGUUAAUGAAAGUGCCACCUGUAUCUCCUUGGUCCCUGAAGCUCCUCCAACAGCAUUAAUUUUGGAUGUUCCGAGUGGUGGGUCUUCCCCUCUCCCGCCCCAGGACCCUUUACCUUCUGCUGACGCUGUUACUGGAGUCACCUUGAAGGCCCCACAGAACCAAGUGACCUUGCGAGGACUCGUACCGCGUCCGGGUCGAUAUGUCAUUGUGGUCCAUUUUUAUCAACCAGUGCAUCCGACGUUCCUGGCACAGGUGUCUGUGGACAGAGGGCGGCUGCAGCCAGGCAUCUUCCGUGCCUCUUUUUGCCCCCAUGUGCUUGGCUGCUGGGACCAAGUGAUCGCCGGAGAUCAGGUUGAGUUUGACAUCUCGGAGCCGGAGGUGGCUGUGACUGUGAAGUUUCCAGAAGGAAAGUCCUUAGUUUGGGUCCGUGUCCUAGUGGUGCCUGCGGAGAAUUACGACUACCAAAUCCUUCACAGAAAAUCAGUGGACAAGUCAUUUGAGUUUGUCACCAAUUGUGGAGGGGACAGUUUUUAUAUUGACCCCCAGAAAGCCUCUGGAUUCUGUAAGGAUUCUGCCAGGUCCCUGGUGGCCCUUUACCAUGACGGUGCACUGCCUUGUGAGUGCCACCCCGCCGGGGCCAUUGGCCAUCACUGCAGCCCAGAGGGCGGGCAGUGCCCAUGCCGGCCCCAUGUCAUUGGGCGGCAGUGUACCCGCUGUCAAGUGGGCUACUACGGAUUCCCGCACUGCAAGCCAUGCACCUGCGGCCGGCGCCUUUGUGAGGAGACGAUGGGGAGGUGCCUUUGCCCGCCCCGCACGGUCAGGCCCCAGUGUGAUGCGUGUGAGACACAUUCCUUCAGUUUCCACCCGCUGGCCGGCUGCGAAGGCUGCAACUGUUCCAGGACAGGCACCGACGGGGCUGCCAUCCCAGAAUGUGACAGGGACCAUGGACGGUGCAGAUGCAAGCCCAGAAUCACAGGGCGGCAGUGUGACCGGUGUGCUUCCGGCUUCUACCGCUUCCCUGAGUGCCUCCCCUGCCAAUGCAACAGAGAUGGGACUGAGCCAGCAGGCUGUGACCUGGAGACAGGGUCUUGCCUCUGCAAGGAAAAUGUGGAAGGUACGGAAUGUAACGUGUGUCAGGAAGGGUCAUUCUACCUGGACCCAGCGAACCCCAAAGGUUGCACCAGCUGCUUCUGUUUCGGGGUCAGUCAUCACUGUAACAGCUCACAUAAGAGAAGAGCUAAGUUUGUGGAUAUGAUGGGCUGGCGCCUGGAGACGGCAGACGGAGUGGACAUCCCCAUCUCCUUCAACCCGGGCAGCAGCAGCGUGGUGGCCGACCUCCAGGAGCUGCCCUCAACGGUUCACAGCGUGUCGUGGGUCGCCCCUGCUUCCUACCUGGGGGACAAGGUUUCCUCAUAUGGUGGCUACCUCACCUACCAAAUGAAGUCCUUUGGACUGCCUGGUGACAUGUUUCUUCUGGAAAAGAAGCCAGAUGUGCAGCUCACCGGUCAGCACAUGUCCGUCAUCUAUGAGGGGCCGAAUCACCCCCGGCCAGACCGGCUGCAUCAUGGGCGAGUGCAGGUGGUAGAGGGAAACUUCAGACGCACCAGCAGCGGUGCCCCCGUGUCUCGGGAAGAGUUGAUGAUGGUGCUGUCUAGACUGCAAGGUGUGCACCUCCGGGGCCUCUACUUCACCGAGACACAGCGGCUCACCCUGAGCGGGGUGGGGCUGGAGGAGGCCUCGGAAACAGGAAGUGGACGUCGAGCACAGAACGUAGAGAUGUGUGCCUGCCCCCCUGACUACACAGGUGACUCAUGUCAGGGUUGUAGCCCUGGAUACUAUCGGGAUAACAAAGGCUUAUAUACCGGACGGUGUGUUCCCUGCAAUUGCAACGGACAUUCAAAUCGCUGCCAGGAUGGCUUGGGAAUAUGCAUUAACUGCCAGCAUAACACUGCCGGGGAGCACUGUGAGCACUGCAAAGAGGGUUACUAUGGGAACGCUGUCCACGGAUCCUGCAGGGUCUGCCCGUGUCCUCAUUCAAACAGUUUUGCCACCGGCUGUGCUGUGACUGGGAGAAACGUGAAGUGCUCCUGCAAAGCUGGAUACACAGGAACACAAUGCGAAAGGUGUGCACCAGGAUAUUUUGGAAAUCCCCAGAAAUUUGGAGGCAGCUGCCAACCAUGCAGCUGUAACAGCAACGGCCAUUUGGGCAGUUGUGACCCCCUGACGGGAGACUGCAUAAACCAAGAACCCAAAGACGGUGGCCCUGGAGAAGAAUGUGACGAUUGUGACAGCUGUGUGAUGACGCUCUUGAACGACCUGGCCACCAUGGAGGACGAGCUCCUCCUGGUCAAGUCUCAGCUGCAGGGCCUGAGUGCCAGCGUGGGGAGCCUGGAACAGAUGAGGCACUUGGAGACCCAGACCAAGGACCUGAGGAGCCAGUUGCUCAGCUACAGUUCCACCAUUUCAAACCAUAAAUCAAAACUGGAUGGCUUGGAAAAAGAACUGAGUAGCUUGAAUCGCGAAUUUGAAACUUUGCAAGAAAAGGUUCAAAUAAAUUCCAGAAAAGCUCAAACAUUAUAUAACAAUGUUGAUCGGACAACCCAAAGUGCCAAAGAGCUGGACACAAAGAUUAAAAAUGUCAUCCGGAAUGUGCACAUUCUUGUGAAGCAGAUCUCUGGGACAGAAGGAGAAGGAAACAACUUGCCUUUGGAAGAUUUUUCCAGAAAGCUGGCUGAAGCGGAACGCAUGUUGAGGGAACUGAGGAACCGCAACUUUGGGAAGAACCUGAGGGAAGCAGAAGCUGAAAAAAGAGAGGCUCAGCUUCUGCUGAUUCGGAUAAGGAGCUGGCUGGAAAACCACCAGGUGGAGAACAAUGGGCUUGUUAAGAAUAUACGAGAUUCUUUAAAUGAAUACGAAGCCAAACUCAGUGACCUCCGUGCCGCUCUACAGGAGGCCAGUGCCCAAGCAAAGCAGGCCACCGGCCUCAACCGAGAAAACGAGAGGGCUUUGGAAUCCAUCAAGAGACAACUUAAAGAAAUGAAUUCCCUCCAGAGUGACUUCACCAAGCAUCUAGCCACUGCAGACUCUUCCUUACUGCAAACUAAUGUUGCCUUGCAGCUGAUGAGUAAAAGCCAUGAGGAAUAUGAAAAACUAGCUGUCACUUUAAAUGAAGCAAGACACGAACUAAAUGACAAAGUGAGAGAACUUUCCAAAUCGUCCAGUAAAGCAUCCCUGGUGGGGGAGGCAGAGAAGCACGCGCAGUCUUUACAGGAGCUGGCAAGGCAGCUGGAGGAGAUCAAGAGGAACACCAGUGGAGAUGAGCUGGUACGCUGUGCCGUGGACGCUGCCACCGCCUAUGAGAACAUCCUCAAUGCCAUCAAAGCAGCCGAGGACGCAGCGGACAAGGCCACCAGCGCGUCUGAGGCUGCCCUCCAGACAGUGAUAAAGGAAGAUGUUCCAAGAAAAGCUAAAACCCUGAGUUCCAACAGCGAUCAUCUGUUAAAUGAAGCCAAGAUAACCCAGAAGAAGCUACAGCAAGAAAUCAGUCCAGCUCUCAACAACCUGCAGCAAACUCUGAAAAUUAUGACCAUUCAGAAAGGGCUGGUAGACACCAAUCUCACGACCAUCCGUGAUGAUCUUCGUGGGAUACAGAGAGAUGACAUCGAUGGUAUAAUCAAUAGUGCAAAGAGCAUGGUCAGAAAUGCCAACGACAUCACAAAUGAUGUUCUAGAUGGGCUCAACCCCAUUCAGACAGACGUGGAAAGAAUUAAGGAUACCUAUGGGAGCACCGGGAGUGAAGACUUCAACAAGGCUCUCACUGAUGCAGAUAAUUCAGUAAAGAAACUAACCAACAAACUGCCUGAUCUUUUGAACAAAAUUGAAAGUAUCAACCAACAGCUGUUGCCACUGGGCAACAUCUCUGACAACAUGGACCGCAUACGGGAGCUAAUUCAGCAGGCCAGAGAUGCUGCGAAUAAGGUCGCCAUCCCCAUGAGGUUCAACGGUAAAUCUGGAGUGGAAGUGCGUCUGCCAAAUGACCUGGAGGAUUUGAAAGGAUACACAUCUCUUUCUUUGUUUCUCCAAAGACCUGAAUCAACAGAAAGUGGGAGGACCGAGAAUAUGUUUGUGAUGUACCUCGGAAAUAAAGAUGCCUCCAGGGACUACAUAGGCAUGGCAGUCGUAGAUGGCCAGCUCACGAGCGUCUACAACCUGGGAGAACGCGAGGCUGAACUCCAAGUGGACCAGACGUUGACCAAGAGCGAAACUCAGGAGGCAGUUAUGGACCGGGUGAAAUUCCAGAGAAUUUAUCAGUUUGCAAGGCUUAAUUACACCCGAAAAGCCACAUCCAGUAAGCCAGAAACUCCUCAGUUCCAUGACAUGGAUAGUGGGAAUAGCAACACACUCCUCGAUUUGGAUCCUGAAAAUGUUGUAUUUUAUGUUGGAGGUUACCCAUCUGGUUUUAGACUUCCUAGUAGUCUGAGAUUCCCUCCAUACAAAGGUUGUAUUGAAUUAGAUGACCUCAAUGAAAAUGUUCUGAGCUUGUACAACUUCAAAAAGACCUUCAAUCUCAACACGACAAAAGUGGAGCCUUGUAGAAGGAGAAAGGAAGAAUCAGACAAAAAUUAUUUUGAAGGUACAGGCUAUGCUCGAGUUCCAACUCAACCAAAUGCCCCCUUCCCAAUAUUUGGACAGACAAUUCAGACCACCGUGGAUAGAGGUUUGCUGUUCUUUGCAGAAAACCAGGAUCGCUUCAUAUCUCUCAGUAUAGAAGAUGGCAGUCUCAUGGUGCGAUACAAACUGAAUUCAGAGCAACCAAAAGAAAAAGGAAUUAGAGGCAUCAUAAACGACGGGAAAGAUCAUUUGAUUCUGAUCAAAAUUGGAAAAGCCCAAAAAGUUAUGCGGAUAAAUGUGGAUUCUCAAAACAUUAAAAUUGAAGGUGAUAUAUUUGAUUUCAGCACAUAUUAUCUGGGAGGAAUUCCAAUUACAAUCAGGGAAAGGUUUAACAUUUCUACACCUGCUUUCCGAGGCUGCGUGAAAAACCUGAAGAAGACCACUGGUGUCGUUAGACUGAAUGAUACUGUGGGCGUAACAAAAAAGUGCUCGGAAGACUGGAAGCUCGUGCGAUCUGCCUCAUUCUCCAGGGGAGGACACUUGAGCUUCACCAAUUUGGACUUCCCGUUGCCCAGCCACUUCCAGGCCUCCUUUGGGUUUCAGACCUUUCAACCCAGUGGCAUCUUAUUAAAUCAUCAGACAGGGGCAAGCAGCCUACAGGUCACCCUGGAAGAUGGCCACAUUGAACUGAGCCGCAGGGACAGCAGCAGCCCAAUUUUCACAUCUCCACAGACGUACAUGGAUGGUUUACUGCAUUACGUGUCCGUAAUAAGCGACAACUCUGGGCUCCGGCUCCUCAUUGAUGACCAGCCUCUGAAAAAUAGCCAAAGGCUGCUAGGCUUUUCACAUUCCCAGCAAUCCCUGCGUCUGGGCGGGAGUCAAUUUGAGGGCUGCAUCAGCAACGUUUUCAUCCAGAGAUUAUCAGAGAGUCCCGAAGUCCUAGAUUUGGCCAGUAAAUCCACCAAGAGAGAUGUGUCCCUGGGAGGCUGCAGUUUGAACGAAUCACCUUUUCUAACGUUGCUUAAAGGGUCUACAAGGUUUAACAAAGCCGAGACUUUCAAUAUCCACCAGCCAUUGUGUGACACGCCAGCUGCCUCCCCAAGGAGCUUGAAGGUGAGGGGAGAUGCCCAGUCUUGCCCACCACUUCCAGAGACCCAGGCCAGCCACGGAGCCCUCAGGUUUGGGGACAGUCCCACCAGCCACUUGCUAUUCACGCUUCCCCAGGAGUUGCUGAAACCCAGGUCACAGUUUGCUGUGGACUUGCAGACAACGGCGUCCAGAGGGCUCGUGUUUUACACAGGCACUAAGAACUCCUUUAUGGCUCUUUAUCUUUCGAAAGGACGUCUGGUCUUUGCACUGGGGGCAGGAGGGAAACAACUGAAGCUCAAAAGCAAAGAGAAGUACAGUGACGGGAAGUGGCACACGGUGGCAUUUGGGCAAGAUGGAGAAAGGGGGCGCUUGGUUGUGGAUGGUCUGAGGGCCCGGGAGGGAAGUUUGCCUGGAACUUCCACCGUCAGCCUCAGAGGACCAGUUUACCUGGGAUCGUCUCCAUCAGGGAAACCAAAGACCCUCCCCCAAAACAGCUUUGUGGGAUGCCUGAGGAACUUUCAGCUGGAUUUGAAACCCCUGGACACGGCUUCUGCAAGCUUUGGGGUGUCUCCCUGUUUGGAUGGCUCUUUGGAGAAAGGCAUCUAUUUUUCUCAAGAAGGAGGUCAUGUCAUCCUAGCUAACUCCGUGCUUUUGGGGCCAGAAUUUAAGCUUGUUUUCAGCAUUCGCCCGAGAAGUCUCACUGGAAUUCUAAUUCACAUCGGAAGUCAACCCGGGGAGCACUUAUGUGUUUAUAUGGAGGCAGGAAAGGUCACGGCCUCUGUGGGCAGUGAGGCAGGUGGGAUCCUGACAUCGGUCACACCAAAGCAAUCUCUGUGUGACGGACAGUGGCACUCAGUGACAGUCACCAUAAAACAGCACAUCCUGCACCUGAAACUGGACGCAGACUAUAGUUCCACCGCUGGACGGCACCCCGUCCCCACUGCCCGCACGCGGGAGCAUCUGCACAUUGGAGGUGUCCCAGCUACUUUGAAAACCCUGAAGCUUCCCGUGUCGAAAUCCUUUUUUGGCUGCCUGAAGAAUAUUCAAGUCAACCACAUUCCUGUCCCUGUCACUGAAGCUGCAGAAGUUCGGGGGACUGUGAGUCUCAAUGGCUGUCCUGACCACUAACUAAACCCAUCACAAGGCAGGGAAGUUCACCUCCGGAAGCACUGAUUACCCAACGCCCCUCCCUCUCCCCUCUCAAGGUCAUUCUUGACUUAAGACACCAUCCCGAUGGGUUUAUUAGCAAAUCUCAUUUUUAAUUCCAACCACACAUACCCAUCAUUUUGGCAUUCAGUGCUACAUAUAUAUUUUACAUAAAAAUCCCAUUUCUUGAAGAGGAUGAACAAAUCCUUACAUGCUUCUGGUAAUAUCAUUUUCCACUAAAAGUUUGAUGUCUUUUAAAGAACAUUAUUU